AUGGAAAGGAAUAGCAAAACAAGGCCUCGCAAGAAGUACAAAAACACCCCAAAAGAAAUCAACCCAACUUUCUGGUCCUCAGACUCCCUGGUGGAGGAGAGAGGGACUCACUGGCUGGUUAAAGUGAAACUGAGGUGCUGCAGGUUGUCAGAGAUCAGCUGUGCUUCUCUGGCCUCAGCUCUGAAGUCCAACCCCUCCCAUCUGAGAGAGCUGGACCUGAGUCUCAACGAUCUGCAGGAUUCAGGAGUGGAGCUGCUGAGAGAUCUUCUGGAGAGUCCACUCUGCAGACUGCAGACUCUCAGAUUGAGGAGCUGCAGGUUGUCAGAGAUCAGCUGUGCUUCUCUGGCCUCAGCUCUGAAGUCCAACCCCUUCCAUCUGAGAGAGCUGGACCUGAGUCUCAAUGCUCUGCAGGAUUCAGGAGUGGAGCUGCUGAGAGAUCUUCUGGAGAGUCCACUCUGCAGACUACAGACUCUCAGGAUCAAUGGCAGGACGAUCACAGCCAAGAUACAGAAGAAAUGUUGAGAAGGGGAGAUGCCCCAGAGAGAUGUCUCCAGCUGUUCUGAACCAUCUUCUGGAUAAACUUCUGGACGUGAACUGUCACUGAUUCUGAAGUGAUGGUCAACCCAAUAAAAAAGCAAUGCACACUUCAGAAGAAUUCCUCUAAAUCACAAUAUGCUUCAAAUGGCACACGCUUAAGUCCUAUUAAGGCUUUCUAUUUGAACCAAGUACCCACUGUUGCUUCAGAAGAACUUUAAUCAUUGGUGGGCUUAUUAUAGAUAUUGUAGUCUUCAUAGUAAAGCACAUGAAUACCUUGAGCACACAUUAGACCGCUUCCUUUUACUGAUGAAGUUUUGUAUUUCGGUCCACAUUGACAUAUUCCAUGUACAGCAUGUUUAGAUAACUGGCCUGUGUCACCUGUGCUAUGUAUAGAAAGGUGAAUUCCUGUCUUAUCUAUAGAACCGUGUGCAGGGUAAGGAUACAGACAAGUGUGAACUGAGCGCAUGACAGAACGUGUGUUCAGAGUUUGGACACUGGAGCUGUUUUGCUUUGUGCUGAAUGCUUUGGCGAUGUUACGUUGUUAAGAUGUGGUCAUGCCAAUAUAGCUCCUAUGCAUUGUAUUGUGUCAGGUUCAAUGAUUGAGAUAUGUCAUCUCAGUGUGUUAGCAGUUUUAUUAUUAUACAAACAUCAGGCAUUUAUGGCAAUUUAUUGACCAACAAACUGGUCUCUUUUAGAAACAAAAACUAAUGUUGAUCUUUAGAUUUUGCAAGAUAUGGAACAUUUCCACUGAUUUGGUUCUUUGUUCGAUUGCUAUUAGAUUUUCUAAAUAAUAUUUGGAAACCACUUUUCUACAUCUUUAUAUUUUGUCUAACGUAUAACACAACAAGAGCAUUUCUUGGCAUGGCUUAUUGGAAAUGUCCUCCAAUUCUAAAAUGUCCCCUCAAUUUCCACUGGAUAUAUUUUAACUGAUAUUUCAAUCUGUAAUUAGUCAUCUAAACAGUGUAUUUGGCAUUGUGGUAAGAAUUCGGGUUUUAUCAGGAAAGGUUUCAGCUUCCUGCUCCACGACGCUGCAGUUACACUAAGCUGUUAGAUGAAUGUGUGUCAGAUUGAACUGUUUUUUAGGAAAUAAAUAAAAAGAGAAAGAUAAUAACUAAUAAAUACAAAUACGAAAACA